UUUUCAGUAGUCAUCUAUUGAAACGCGACUUUCUUAUUUGUCAAGUGCUAAGCAGUCUUCUAUCUGAUGUGACUAAAGUUUUCCUUCCUGUUCAUAUUUUUUUAUUGAUAUCGUAGGUUGCGGUAUUCCUAAUAUAGUAUCCGUGUCAACUUUAAAUAUAUGAAUUUGAGUGCAAUGCUAUAUAUGUGUUUACGGAUGUGCAUUUAUCAAGGGAUAUGUUGUUUCAAUGAAAGACAAACUUUACAAAAGACAAAGUUGUUUUAUUGGAAGUGAAACUUAAACCUCUCUACAAAACAUUCUAAGCUUCAUACAACAGGCGUCAUCAUGAAAGAACCAAAUAACGACACGCAUCCACAUAUGACGUCAUCAGAUCUCAUUGACGACUUGAAUUUAGCAGAGCAGAAUCGACUGAAACCACCAGCAAUGGUCUUUGCAUUGAUAGGAUUAAUCGGUAUCAUUGGUAACUCCUUGGUUAUCCAAAUUUACCACAAGCGAUACAAACUCUCCAACGCGAAAAUCUUCAUCAUUUCUAUUAGUGGCAUCGACCUUUUCUCGUGCUGUAUCGCGAUACCUUUGGAUAUCUCGUUACUGAUGGAACAGUACACACUCGAACACGCGUGGUUGUGUAAAAUUUCGAGGUUUUUAAACGUCCUGGGCACUUGCACUUCGGCGUUUAUUCUAACCGUUAUAGCUCUGGACAGGUAUAGAAAGGUGUGCAAAUCGCGGAAGAAGCAAAUCACGCCCCGAAUGGCAAAGAUAAUAAGCAUAUGUUCCUGUGUGUUUGGGUUUGUGUUCGCUCUACCUGCGGUAUUUGUGUACGGAAAGAAAUCAUUUGAGGUAAAGCAGGAUGUUUUAGACGAGGCGGUAUUCGGCUCAGAAUGUUCCACAGCCGAUGAAAUGUCAAAUUCUUCAUUGCCGCUCAUAUACGCAGGCAUGUUUGUGAUGUUAUUCUUCGUUGGAUUAGUGAGUAUAUUGUCCCCUUAUUGUUUAAUAGGGUGCAAGUUAAUGAAACAUUCGAAAAAGAUGUGCGCGAUGAUUGACUACAAUGGCAUUCCAUCAACGUUAAAUAUUAAUACUAAAGGAGCGGUUCAAACAAACGUUGAACAGGAAACACCUCUCAACGCCCAAUGUUUAGAAAACAUGAAAGCGGAUGCAAAUGUGAAAGAGAAUGCUGACGUCAGCGAUGACAAUAGUGUGAUAGAGAAUGCUUACGCCAGCGAUGACAAUAAUGUGAUAGAGAAUGCUGACGUCAGCGAUGACAAUAAUGUGAUAAAGAAUGCUGACGUCAGCGAUGACAAUAAUGUGAUAGAGAAUGCUGACGUCAGCGAUGACAAUAAUUCUCCGAACGAAAUAAGCGGUAGCACUGAAGUAGCAACCAUCGACAAUAACAGACAUGACAAUUUAAUAUUCAGACCUCGAACACGUACGUCAUGGAUAUCUUCGAUAAGACGACGAAACUCUUACUCCCCAAGAAAAUCGCAAUAUCUUAGGGAAGCAAAGGCGACGAAAACAGCGUUCGUUAUGUUUCUGAUUUCCCUUGCGUACAUUCUGAGUUAUCUCCCGCAUCUGACUUUAAUAAUCACUCGUGGAGUUAAAAAACAUUUCGCCGAGGAGCUAAGUGACGACGGACUUGUUGCCUACAGGUUCUUUUUGCGCUCGUACUUCAUAAACUGCGCAAUUAACCCUAUCAUUUAUGGCCUCUGCGACACAAGGUUUCGCCGCGCAUGCGCCGUCUUCUUCAGACAAUGUUACAGAAGAAAUAUUAACGGAGUAAAUACGGCACACUGUUGAAUUCAUAUGUUAUAUGAUAGAAAUGCAGUGUUUGUACUAUUCUUGAUCAACAUCCGACUUCUGGAUAGUCUUGAUAACGCAAGAUAUCUUCGUUUUAUGUUAAGGUGGAGUCGUUAUCAAUAGUGUCUACUCCUUCGUCUAUCGCAAUAUUCGGAUAACCGAGUCUGCCCUUCUCGGAGGGACUCAAAUCUCCUGCAUCAAAGCAAGCUCCAAGCAGCCCAGCACGAUAGUUAUAGCAUGUGGCAGCGAAAAAUGUUCAACCUCGAUUUGGAAACAAGACGGAAGUCAACAAAGUCGUGUAUAGAUGUCAGCAAAACAUACUCCGAUUACGACUCAAUCAAUGCGUUUUAAAGAACAGGUCUUGAAGAUACUGUGUGCAAAAUAUCAUCUAAAAAUGUGAACUAUUUAUCGCGAUACGCAGUCUUGAACAUCAGAGUGAUCCGCUAUGGAUAAUGAUCCGGUAAUGGUAUACUUGACUGUACUCACACUAUUGUUAUGUAACAAUAUGUGUUCAUAUCUACAUUGUCGGUUUGAAAGUGUACGUUAUUAUGUGUUGUGCAUAUGAGACUCAAUACAUCUGCUCAAAACGA